UCUUCAUCAAUUCCCAAGCUUGAGAACUAAAAAGGUAUAGCUAGUUUUACAAUGGCUAUAAUAUGUUCAUUUUCCAAGUUACUUUUUGUUGCAAUAUGUCUUUUUGGUCAUAUGAGCUUGUCAUAUUGUGAUUUUUCUAUUGUGGGCUAUUCGCAAGAUGACUUGACAUCUACUGAGAGACUUAUUCAGCUCUUUAACUCGUGGAUGUUGAAGCACAACAAGAAUUACAAGAAUGUUGAUGAGAAACUUUACAGAUUUGAAAUUUUUAAGGAUAAUCUUAAAUAUAUUGACGAGAGAAACAAGAUGAUUAACGGCUAUUGGCUCGGAUUAAACGAGUUUUCUGAUUUGAGCAAUGAUGAAUUCAAGGAAAAGUAUGUUGGUUCCCUUCCUGAAGAUUAUACAAACCAACCUUAUGAUGAAGAGUUUGUUAAUGAAGAUGUUGUCGAUUUGCCCGAGAGUGUUGAUUGGAGAGCAAAAGGAGCUGUCACUCCUGUUAAACAUCAAGGCUAUUGCGAAAGUUGUUGGGCAUUCUCAACUGUUGCAACUGUGGAGGGAAUAAAUAAGAUUAAAACUGGAAAUUUAGUAGAAUUAUCGGAGCAAGAACUUGUUGACUGUGACAAACAGAGCUAUGGGUGCAAUCGAGGUUAUCAAUCGACUUCGCUUCAGUACGUGGCUCAAAAUGGUAUUCACUUGAGAGCAAAGUACCCAUAUAUUGCAAAGCAACAAACUUGUCGCGCCAACCAAGUGGGAGGUCCGAAAGUGAAAACUAAUGGGGUUGGACGUGUGCAAUCAAAUAAUGAAGGGUCUCUCUUAAAUGCAAUUGCGCAUCAACCUGUGAGCGUGGUGGUUGAAUCCGCUGGAAGAGAUUUCCAAAAUUAUAAAGGGGGAAUAUUUGAGGGAUCAUGCGGAACCAAGGUAGAUCAUGCUGUAACAGCAGUUGGAUAUGGAAAAAGUGGAGGAAAAGGUUAUAUACUCAUAAAGAAUUCAUGGGGUCCAGGAUGGGGUGAGAAUGGGUAUAUAAGAAUCAGAAGAGCCUCUGGAAACUCCCCGGGAGUGUGUGGAGUUUAUAGAAGCUCAUACUAUCCUAUUAAAAAUUGAGAUAAUGGGCUUUUAUACUAUCACUUACAUACAUAUAUAUAUAUGUGUGUGUGUGUGUCACUUUUAGACUUAUCUGUGUGUUUACUAUAAUAAAAUCGUUGGAUUAAUAAUUUAUGUAAUCCUGUACAUCAAAGUUUGUUGAGACAAACUUUUUGUAUUACAUGUAUUUUCUGUAAUAGUGUUUGUUUGGAUUGAAUAAACUUUUAUAUAUACUUCAA